GCCGUCAUCUGUCGACGUCAGAUGAUUCCUCGUCACGCAUUGCGUCGACUUCCCAAAUCUUUUCCCGAUCAUUUGCAUUUUUAAUACACAUUUUAUUUUUGCGAUCUCGGCAACAACAUCAACAAAACAUUAUACACAAUUUUCUCAUCACACGCAAAAUUAUUAUUAUUGUAGGCUGCUGAAGAGAGCACUCUUCACGCAGCAUAAUUCCGGCCGAUUAGCGCUUUAUAGGUUAAGGAAUUCUCUGUAAGCUCAUCGAGAUAACUAUUAAAUUGUAAACAAAACUAUUAAAUUUAAACCAUGGCACCGAAUAUGGACGAUGAUCUACACAUCGCAGUAAUAUGUUCGAGCAACAUGAAUCGCAGCAUGGAGGCGCACAACUUCCUCGCCAAGAAAGGUUUCCAGGUGCAGUCAUUUGGCACUGGUGACAAGGUCAAGCUUCCAGGCUCUGCAGCAGAUAAACCCAACAUCUAUGACUUUGGAAUCACAUAUGAAGAGAUCUACCAAGACCUAAUGUCCAAAGAUAAAUCAUUAUAUACUCAGAAUGGCCUGUUGCACACCUUAGAUAGAAAUAGAAGAAUCAAAUCAAGACCUGAGAGAUUUCAAGAGAACCAUGAUAAAUUCCAUGUGCUAAUCACUUGUGAAGAGAGAGUCUAUGAUCAAGUGCUUGAAUGCAUGGAGAACAGAACACCUGUUGACAACACCAUUGUGCAUGUUAUUAAUUUUGAUAUACAGGAUAACUUGGAGGAGGCCACAAUUGGAGCAUUUUUAAUUUCAGAUCUGUGCUCAAUGCUGAGGAAAAGUGAAGAUCUAGACAAUGACAUUGAUGAAGUCCUGCAUGAUUUUGAAGAAAAAUGCAAAAGGCCCAUCUUACACAGCAUAGUUUUUAACUGACGCGAAUGUAAUCGGAUGAAGCUGGGCCACAUACAUCAAGUAUUAACAAUAUUUCACAGCGGUUUUGUAAAUUUAUACAAAAAUUAAUUGCAUAAUGCGCGAUAUCAUGGCUUUGCUUACAAUGAUUUAAAAUUAUGAUGAUAUUCACUAUUGAUUGAAAACGAAAUGAUCUGAAUGGUAUAUUUCACGUAUCCCUCCAUCUGUGUGGCCUAGAAAGCUAAUGAUUUUGCCUCUUUUGAUCAUUAUUUAAUUAUUAAUUACUUACAACAUGCCCCAUGUUGCUGACUUAUUUCAAAAAGAACCAAAAUGUUAAAAUUAUUUAAACUCGUUGAGAUUGUAACCAUUAAAUAAUUAACGUGCGAAAUCGAAUGUAUUUUACAUAAUAUAAACGGUUAUUAAUAUGUAAUAAUUAUAAUAUUACAAGCGAAAUUACAUCGCCGGUGAUCUGUAA